GGUGUUUUUAUUUAUUCAAAGACUAUUUUCCCUCAAAUUUUUAAGGAAAACAUUUUCUCCGAUUUUGAAGAAAACAUUCUCUAUAGGAAAACAUUUUCCAAAAUAUUUAGCGCAACUAAAUAAGGAAAAAUUGGAAAAUAUUUUUCGGAAAACCUUUUCCGCCGUACCAAUGUAUUAUGGAGUAGCUUCUAUUGAAAUAAAGUUCUCUUAAUCGAUCAGUGAUUCAUGAAAAUCUAUUUAGAAUAACUUAAAGUUGUUUUACAUGAUAAUCUUUCUUUUUGCAGGGGUUGAAAAUUUCAGCUAAAAGUGCUGUGACACUACUCUUUUUGUUUCCUCUCUAUAGACAUCAGGUUGAAAAUAUUACUGGAUUAGAUUGGGCGAAUGGAGAAUUUUGAAAAUUAUAAUUCUGAUGAAAAUGAUGCCUACUUCUGGCUACCUCCUGAAUCAGAAGAUUAUUAUGAUGAUGAUACGGAAUUUGAUAAUGACGAUGACCUGAAUUUGGGCAAGCCAACUUCUUUAUUCAACACGGAAAAUGGAGGUUCUAGAAGCGACAAGUUUAAAGAGGAAAAGCAAAAGUUAUUAAAGGAUAUGAUGGAUCAGAAGCUUAAGCCCCUUGUUAAUGACCUGCUUAAUUCUUUUGGUGUUGUCUCUGACAAUUGGGUUGACAUAGUAAUUUCCUUGUCAUUCGAGGCUACUUCAUUUCUGAAGCCUAAUGCCACUCAAGGAAAGGCGGCUAUGGAUCCUAAUCGAUAUUUGAAGGUAAAAUGUAUUGCAACCGGUUCUCGCACCCAAAGUCAAUUUAUCCGAGGCUUGGUCUUCAAUAAACAUGCUACUCACAAACACAUGCCUACAAAGUAUAAUAAGCCUAGAUUGAUGUUGAUCCAGGGUGAACUUGGUGUCUCUUCAAAUGAAUUGUCAGAAUUAUACUCGAUGCAUCAGGAGUAUCGUAGAGUGGAGUACUCUAUCAUUAACAAGAUAGGAAUGUACGAACCAGAUGUUAUUUUAGUGGAGAAAUAUGUUUCCCGUGACAUACAAGAGUAUGCUCUUCGUUAUGGAUGGACACUAGUCCUUGAUAUCAAGCUACAUCGACUGGAGAGAAUUGCUCAAUGCACGGGCUCAUCAAUCAUAUCUCCUGAAAUAUUAGAAUACGAAAAGCUCAAGCAGUGUGAUUCCUUUUAUUUUGAGAAGUUUCUAGAAGAACAUGCCUCUUCUGGUGAUAGUGGGAAAGCGCCUAGCAAAACACUGAUGUUUAUUAAGGGCUGUUCUACUCGUCUUGGAUGUACAAUUUUGUUAAUGGGAAGUAACAGCAAUGAAUUGAAGAAAGUUAAAUAUGUGGUCAGGCGUGCAGUCACCACGGCAUAUAAUUUAAUCCUUGAGACUUGUUUCCUUCUAGAUCAAAAAGCAAUGCUCUCAAGUAGUCCUCCUAACCAAGUUGUGAAUCUAAUAAUCACUGAUGGAGAGCUAUCUGUCAGUGUGGGGCAACAAAUCCUUCCUACUAAUGAGGAACCUAUUGCUGAGACCAGUUCAUCCUUAGAGGAAGAAGGCAAGUCUCUAUCGUUUAAGCCAAACAAUCCAGAAGAUCAUGGCCUAACUGAUGUUCAAGUUUCUAUUGAUCUAGAACAAAGGGCCACUCUUUCUGACAAAGAGAAGACACCUGAAAAGGAACAGAUACAUUGUCCAUUACUGAGUGCAGAAGAGUCUCUGGAUGUUCGUGAAGAUGAAGGACAUAAUAUGGAUGUCAUGAUAUCAUCAUUACAUUGGGAGAGUAUUUCAGUAAUGAUGUCAAGUUGCAACGCUAAAAGAGGCACUAAGUGUGAGCAUAUUGCUCUCUCUAGAAUCAAGUUCUAUCAAGAUACUGAUAUUCCCCUUGGGAAGUUUUUGCAAGAUAAUUUGCUAAAUCAGAACCACCAGUGCUGGACGUGUGGUGAAUCCCCUGAAGGUCACAUCUUCCGUUAUGCACAUCAAGGGAAGCUACUCACUAUUCAAGUUCGUUCUCUUCCAUUGCACAAGGUCCUUCCAGGUGAAAGGGAAAGGAAACUUUGGAUGUGGAGUCGCAAUGGACGCUCAGAGAAUACAAAAAGAGUUUUAAUGUCCAGUGGCUCCCGUGGUUUGUCAUUUGGAAAAUUUUUGCAGCUCACUUUCUCAAACCCCUCUUUGUUUAGUACACUGCCCGACUCCAGGGAUUUUCUCUACUUCUUCGGAUUGGGGUCAGUGGUCGCAAUGUUCAAGUACUCAACUCUUACUAUUUAUUCCGUCUCUCUUCCACCUGUGAAGCUGGAGUUUAGCGGGUCGAUCAAAGGAAAGUUCAAGGAUGUUGUAGAUGUUUACAUGAAAGCGAUUAGGAUGUUUCUUGAUGUAGAGAAAGCUUUAAAGGCAAUACAGUCAGGCAGUAAUAGAACAACCGUAAAUCUACAAGGGUCAACUUUGGCAUUCUCUGAAGUUGAGAAAAUGUUGAAGGAAGAGAGAUCUCAAUUUGAGAUUGAAAUUGAAAACACAGCGAAAGAGGACGCUGUGUAUAAAGCUCUGAGCUUGAACAGAAUACGGCUGGAGCUUCUGCUUGUGCACUGUGUGUGGGAUCGCCGUCUUCAUUCGCUGAUGUCAUCUGACUGUAGAGUUACAUAUCCCGAAACCAUUGACCAGAAGCAUCGGGAAAGAGAUUCCCUCUCAGCAAUAAUAGAGAAUGACAAAGGGUGGUGGACUCCUUUCCCUGAAAUUCGACAUGAAUACAUGAAGAAUCUUCAGAGAGGUCACUUAACAAGAUUAGGUGCAGAAACUGUAGCUUGUAAACUUACCACUGAUGAAGAUGGAAAGCUCCAUAUUCCCCUUGGCAAGAAUGACAAGUAUAUUGUGUCUCAUUAUGAAGAUGAAUUUUCUAGCAUAAUUGCUUGUGCGGCCUUGCUGAAGUAUUUGCCCGUUGUGAGUCAACAUCAUGAAGUUGAUCAUUCGAGGAAUUUUUCCGGAGAGCAUAAAUACUCCGUAAUCUGUCCCUAUGCUGCCCAAUUUCUUCAUCUGCGAGAUCGGUGUUGCCUUUCUGAACUUGAUUAUAUUUCUUCCUUAAGUAGGUGUAGGAGCUCGGAUCCAAACGCCAAAACUCUUGAUGAUCGGUUCAUCGUAAAGGAAAUCAGGAGAAAUGAAUAUGAAUCGUUCUUGAAGUUUGCUCCUUGUUAUUUUGAUUACAUGGAUCAGUGCAUAGAGAAAAGGAAUCCAACCUGCCUUGCGAAAAUUCUUGGCGUUCAUCAGGUCAUGGUAACACCACGAUGUGGGAAAGAGACAAGGCAUGAUUUCGUGGUGAUGGAGAACCCUUUUUUUGGAAAAAAUAUUACUCGACAAUAUGAACUGAAAGGCAUUUUGCACGGUCAAAUUAAUUCGUCUGACAAUGGCUUUCUUCGGGAGCAAAACUUUGUGAAUGACAUGAAUAUUUAUCCCAUAUAUGUUUCUAACAGCUCAAAAAAGAAACUGCAAAAAGCUGUAUGGAAUGACACCACUUUCCUCAAUUCAAUCAAUGCGAUGGACUAUUCUCUAUUUGUGGGAAUGGAUACUCAAGGCAAUGAACUUGUUUGUGGCAUCAUUGAUUAUCUAACACAGUACACAUGGAACAAACAACUCCUGAAUUGGUUCAAAGUCAUAUCCCCCAAGGAGUAUAAAAAGAGAUUUAGGAAGUUUAUCAACACAUAUGUUCCUACUAUUCUAGAUCAAGUUUGAAUCAAAGAUCCUCAAAUCCGUAAAACUUUUUGGUAUUGGAAAUGUCAAAGCUUCAGUCUCCUCAUGGUGCUUACAUAAUACCAAGUCAUUCAAUGGCGUUUGCAGUGGAAGAAAUUCUUUUUGUGAUCUGUAUUUGUGAGAAUUGAUUUUGAAGUACUUUGUUUUCUCAAUUGUGAAGGUGCAUGUUUGGGUUGGGUUUUGGAAGAAUGAUUUUGAGUGUGUUUCAAAUAGAAAUUAAAUUUGAAUGCUGUUAAAUUAAAUGCAGAGCAUAAAUUUGAUUUUAAAGACUAAAAGUAAAGACAAAUUUAAACUUUGUUAAAAAUUAAACUCCAUUACUAAAUUCAAUUACUUAAGAUAAAAUUAUAAAUUUUACAAUGUAAUUGGAAAUUUGAUUACAUCGUGUAACGAAGAAAUACAAAGUCAUAAAUUUAUUAAUGGUUAGUAAUUUUUUAUAUUUUUUAUUCAAGGUGAUUGUAGGGUUUAGGCAUGACCCCAACCUGUAUAUUUAUAAAAAAUUUACGUAGCCUAGAAAACAUAUAUAAGAGAUAUUUACCUACCAUAGCUAUACGUUAAAUUAAUUACUAUAUAUAGCUAUACUUUGUAUUUCAUAGCAAGUUCUCCCUCAUUUUGCCGCACUGCUCCUCUCCUCUUUCUUUCUCCUCUAAGCUUCUCUCUGAUCAUCUCCUUCAUUGUUCCGGUAUGACUCGGAUCCUUUUCUAACCAGCUGGCUCUCUUUUUUGGACCUUCUCUCUCUUCCGAUAUGAACAAGGUCUUACUUCUGUUGUAUUUGAUUUCGGAUCUGGGAAAAUACACUCAAAUCUGUCGAGGAGGAAGAAGCUUCCGGAAACUGCCAUUAUCGCAGGGAAAGGAAGGUUGUAUUUGGUUUUGGAUCUGAGAAAAUAUCCUCAGAUCUGCUGAGGAGGAAGAGGCGUAACCGGAAACGACCAUUAUCACUGGGAAAUUACACUUGGAUAUGCCGAGGAAGAAGAGGCGUAGCUAGAAACGACCAUUAUCACCGGGAAAGGAAGGUGAGGAGAGAAAAGGAAACACACUCAGAUUUGAUGUAUUUGUCUUUCUCAUCUCAUGUAACGAUCUGAAUAAAUGAGUUAAGUGGAGAAUAAAGAGAGGACAAAUAGAAUUAUAACACAUGGGCACACGAGAUUAAAUCUGAGUUAAUGAAGCUUAAGCGCUGUGAUUGCACGUAAAAAUCCUAUAACUAAAGUCUGGGAAGAGAAACAGGGGUAUCGAUCAAUUGGGUUUUUUUCUCACCUCUUCAAUUCUCUCUCAGCUCCUCUUCUCUUUCUAUUAUUUCUUCUUCCUCUCACUAAACCUCUCUUCUAAUUGCAGGUUUCCAUUAUCAACCACGGAAGCUUGUUAGCGUAGUUGUUUAAUUCCAUCUCACAAUUUUCACUCAAUGUAUUUCCUUCGAUUGAAUUAAUAAAUCAAAAAUUGUCUCAAAAUUCCUUAUUAAUUUCUAUUUUAAUUACUGUUUGAGUUGAGAUCAUUACAAUUGGUACUAGAGCCUUGUUCCUGCGACUGUGGCAUCACCAUGACAAUCAAUGAGGUGUAAAAACAGUUAGAUUGGGUGAUCAAAAUGCUAAAAAAAGUACCAAUAACGCGAAGUUUGCAUACCCAACAUCGAUUGCGAGUGCGACAUAUGUAUCGGAAGUGAAGGUUUAAACUGGGAUGAAGUUGUAUGUUGUAUAUGCAGUCUCGAUUACGAGUGCGACAUCUGUAUCGGAAGUGUCUGCUUUAAUUCCAGCUCUAGUUUAACUGG